GUGUCACAAACACACACACAAAAAAAAAUUUUCGAAAUUCGAAUGUUUUCGAAUAUUCGAAAUCAUCAACAACAUGAUGAAUCGUCCAUAUAGUACGAGUCAUCAUCAUCUUCUUAGGAAUAAAUUCAUGUUCAAUUUAUUCAUCAUUUAUUCAUCGAUUAUCAUCUUGAUCAUUAGAACAGUAAAUGCACAUUAUUGUCAGUCAUGUGCACCAACAUUACAGGGUGUAUUGAAUGUUCAUGUUGUUUGUCAUACACAUAUGGAUACCGGAUGGGUUCAUACAUUUGAUCAAUAUUAUCAUCGAUAUAUUCCGAUCAUAUAUAAUUCAGUUAUAGAAAGUCUUGCACAACAUCCUCGGCGUAAAUUUAUUGUCGUGGAAACAUCAUUUUUUUCAAGAUGGUAUCAUAAUCAACCACGUACUGUACAGCUAGUCGUACAUGAAUUAGUGAAUUCAGGACAAUUGGAAUUCAUCAGCGGUGGUUGGAGUAUGAAUGAUGAGGCAACUGCACAUUAUAGUUCCAUUAUUGAUAAUCUAUCGUUGGGUGUUAAAUGGCUGAAUAAAACAUUCGGUCAAUGUGGCCUUACGAAAACUGGUUGGCAAAUUGAUCCUUUUGGUCAUUGGGAACAAGCAUCACUGUUUUCACAGAUGGGAUUUGAUUCACUAUUUCUUGGCCGUGUUGAUCAUCAGGAUAAAAAUCUUCGUGAACGUAUGCGAACUUUGGAAUUUAUAUGGAAAUCAUCACCAAGUAUUGGUGAGAAAUGUGACAUUUUCACCGGUAUACUGCCGAACGUAUAUUGGCCACCAAAAGGUUUCUGUUAUGAUAUCAAUUGUUUUGAUGAAACAUUGAAUCAACAGAAUAUAAUGCGUAAAGCGAGAGAAUUUAUUCAAACAGUACGAAAUCAAGCCAAACAAUAUGCAACGAAUCAUACGAUUAUUACGAUGGGAAUGGAUUUCUAUUAUCAAGCAUCCGAGAAAUGGUAUAGCAAUCUUGAUUAUCUAUUUGAUGCUGUUAAUUCAUUGACAGCGACUGAAAAAGUUCAUAUUAUUUAUUCAACACCAUCUUGUUAUGCACGUGCAUUGAAUCAAUUGAAACGUCGAUGGCCAAUUAAAUUGGAUGAUUUUUACCCAUAUGCUGAUGCACCAGAUGCCUAUUGGACUGGUUAUUUUACUAGCCGACCAUCAUUGAAAUAUGCAAUCAAAAAAGGUGCCAAUCUAUUACAAGCAUCAAAUCAAUUGAAUGUGUUAGCAAUGCGUGGCUUGGAUCAUGCUAAUCAAUUACAAGAAUUAAAAGAAGUAAUGGGUAUUCUUCAACAUCAUGAUGCCAUAACAGGCACAUGUAAACAAUAUGUAAAUGAUGAUUAUCAACGAAUGCUUUCCCAGGCCAGUGAUAAAGCUGAACAAUCAUUUAUAUCUGCAUAUAUGACAUUAGUUCAGGCAAAAACAGCUCCCGGACAAUCAAUCAUAGGUUUCUGUCGUGAUAUGAACAUUUCCCAAUGUCAUUACACGGAAUUUAUCGAAGAUCAUUUAAGCAGUAUAAUGAGCAUCUAUAAUCCAAUUGCUCAUUCAUUACGACAUUUUGUACGGAUUCCAGUGAAAAAUAUGCAAUAUAAGGUUGUUGAUCAUAAUGAACACGUCAUACCAUCACAAUUGGUGCCGAUUCAUCCGAAAAUUUUAUCAUUGAAAGAACGAAAUUCAUUAGCAACACAUGAAUUGGUUUUCAUGUCCACCUUAGAUCCAUUAGGUAUCUCUAGUUAUCUAAUUACGAAAAUGAGUGAUUAUGGAUCAUCCGAAAUAUCGGAAAAUAUGCUCACCAAUGGCCAGGAUGUAUUCCUACAUAAUGGAAAAAUUGGCAUCCUAAUCGAUGGCCAUACUGGAUUUAUCAAACAAAUUCAAUUGCCAAAUGGUGAAAAUAUACCGUUCGUACAAUCAUUCUGGUACUAUAAGGCAACAAGUCGAUAUUCUGGUGAUAAACCAUCCGGGGCAUAUGUAUUUAAACCAGCACAUAAAAAUCCAUAUAUUGUUAAUACAAAAUCUACGUACAAAAUUUAUCGUGGAUCAUUGGUUGAUGAAAUACAUCAGGUAUUUACCGAUUGGUGUACGCAGGUUAUUCGACUGUAUAAGAAUUAUAAUUAUAUUGAAUUCGAUUGGGUUGUCGGACCUAUACCGAUUGGAAAAUUUCCCGAUGAAACUGGUCUGGAGAUUGUCACCAAAUAUGAAACAAAUUUCCAGAAUAAACAAACAUUUUUCACCGAUUCUAAUGGCCGUGAAACAAUUCGUCGUAUUCGCCAUCAUCGACCAACAUGGGAUUUACAAACCGGUGAAGAAGUCUCUAGUAAUUAUUAUCCAGUAACAAGUUGGACAUUUAUUCGUGAUCUGAGCAAAAAUAUUCAAAUGACAAUUCUGACUGAUCGACCACAAGGUACAACCAGUAUGGUUGAUGGUGUCAUUGAAAUGAUGCUUCAUCGUCGGCUACUGUUUGAUGAUGGUUACGGUAUGGAAGAAGCACUAAAUGAACCGGGACAUAAUUCUGAAGGUUUAAUCGUACGCGGUAAACAUCGACUUAUUGUGGAUAAAAUACAGGAAAGUGUACGAUUUAUGCGUAAAUUAAGUAAAACAACAUCAUGGAUACCGUUAUAUCUUUUCCGUAAUGUACCAGCAAUGUAUGGACCAAAUCUAAUCGUUGGUCUUAAUACAAAUGGAAUACGUGAAAAAUUACCAGUCAAUAUUCAUCUAUUAUCACUGGAACAAUGGGAUGAACAAAACAUCGUGAUACGAUUGGAACAUUUUUAUGAAAUCAAUGAAGAUAUUAAAUAUUCACAAGAAACAAUGGUACGACUAUCGGAAUUAUUCACAAAUUUCAUUAUUGUCGAUGUAUUGGAAAUGAAUCUACUCGGUACGGAAACAUUGGAACAAUCGGAACGUAAUAAAAUGAAAUGGAUGGCCGAAUUGGAUCCAUAUGAAAAUUAUACAAUGGUUUUAAGUUCUAGUUUUACACGUGAUUCACAAACCAUACGACGAGAUAGUUCGGGCAGUUUUUCCAUACUAUUUAAACCAAUGCAAAUACGAACAUUUCUAAUUCGAAUUAGGCCACGUAUUUAUUAACAAACGAAAAAAAAUUAAUUAAUUUAAUUUAAUUAAAAAAAAAUUUUUUCCAAUAAUUAAAAUUUGAC